GGACCCCUCUAGGAUCCGGGCGGGACCCGGUAAUCAGUGGCAUUUACACCUUCCCCCACCCUCCGACCUCUGAAUCUUAACACACAGUUCAUUGCUGUAGCUGAUGACCUCUCCAGAUAACGAGGAAUAAGCUGGAUCUCAUCUUUACAACAGUGAGAAGAUCUCUCAAGGAAGAAGAUUAUCCUAGUUUUAUGCCAGAAAAGAGACACCUAGCCCUGGAAGUGUGAGCACCAGCAGGGCCACUGAAAGCAAGAGUAAAACUUUUUGAACAGGAUGAUGGCCAUAGAGCUAAUGGUGGCUGCAGAUCUGAAUCCUCAGAUCCAAGCUUUAUGGGAGAAAGAAGGGCCUCUAGGAAAAAAACUAAAAGAGAAUUCAAUCCAGAAUCAGGAAAGUGUCCUACAGAAUGACAAACCUGCUCCCGAGAGCUGCCGACAGCGCUUUAGGAGCUUCCGGUACCAGGAGUCAGCUGGUCCCCAGGAGACCCUUAGCCAACUUAGGGAGCUUUGCCAUCAGUGGUUGCAGCCAGAGAUCCACACAAAGGAGCAAAUCUUAGAGCUGUUGCUGCUGGAGCAGUUCAUGAAUAUUCUGCCUGAGGAGACAAAGACCAGGGUUCAAAAGCAUUCCCCAAGGAGCAUCAAGGAGGCAGUGACACUGGUAGAAGAUUUGCAGAGUACACUUAUAAGACAGAGCAAAGGAGACAGAAAGCAGAUUCCCGAAUUGGACAAUGAGGUUACAGUCCAUGAGCAGGGACAGGAAGUACUCUCGGAGAAGGCAGCCCCCUUGGGAGGAGCAUCGGAAGCACUAAGCUUCCAUCUGGAGCCAGCCGAGCCCCAGCGUUUUGGGGUGUUCCAAGAAGAGGAAUUGUGGAGUACCCACCCAAGACCACAGGAACCACUGAGCUGUGACCCAGAAAAAGAGCUCCAGCCUGUGCAGGAGAGGGCUCUGCCUGCUCACCAGGUUCCUGUCCUUCCCGAAGACAGACCUACCAGAGAUUGGGAGGUGGCAUCUGUAGUCUUCACACCUGAGUCUCAGAGUCCUGUGACAUUUGAGGAUGUGGCCAUGUAUUUCUCUCAGGAAGAAUGGCAGUUAUUGCACCCUAUUCAGAAGGACCUCUAUAAGGAUGUCAUGCAAGAGACUUACAGCAAUAUGAUUUCAGUAGCACUGUUUCUGAUUCCCAAACCUGAACUGAUAUCCUGUUUGGAGCAAGAAGAAGAGCCAUGUGUCACAAAUUCUAAGGAAUCUAAAGAGAUCCCAGAAGACUCUAAUACAGAAAUGACUGAUUCUUCUAUUUAUCCUAAUGAGGUUAAGGCUACAAGUGAGAAUGAAAAGCCUAAGGCAGUACAUCAUAUUCCCUUAGAAGUACAAGCACCAGACAGUACUUUAUCUGUAUCUAAAAAGACUGAUGAGAAAGUUCUCCAGAGAGCAGAAUUGAAAGAAGUUCAUGAAAAGCAGCGUGGAGAAGGAAAGCCACAGCAAAAUUUACCUGUAGGAAGAUGGAAGAAAUUUGCUUCCUGGAAAAAAAGUCUACGAAAACUCAUGGAGGUCCACAAGAAAGCCUGCACGGGAGAAAAACCUUUCAAAUGUCAAAUAUGUGGGAAAAGCUUCAAAGUGAGCUCUGACCUUAUUAAGCACCAGAGAGUCCACACUGAAGAAAGACCCUAUAAAUGUCAAGAAUGUGAUAAAAGGUUCCGAUGGAGCUCAGAUCUUAAUAAACACUUGAUGACACAUCGAGGAAUCAAGCCACAUAGAUGCUCCUGGUGUGGGAAAAGCUUCAGUCAAAACACAAACCUUCUCACUCACCAAAGAACGCACACAGGAGAGAAACCCUUUAAGUGUCAUGAAUGCGGAAAAAGAUUCAGUCAGAACUCUCAUCUCAUUAAGCACCAAAGAACCCAUACGGGUGAGCAACCCUAUACAUGUAGCAUGUGUGGGAGGAACUUCAGUAGGCGUUCAAGCCUUCUAAGACACCAGAAACUCCACAAAGAAAAGGAAACAGUCAAUGUCCUCGUUCUGAAGGAAAGCUCCAAGUGGAGCUAAACCCUGAAAAGAACAUAGAUUUAUAUGAAUUUAUCAAUAUUUGAAAAAUGUUAAGGUGUAAACCCCAUUUUUCUCUAAAGAGAAUUUAAAGAGACUAUGCAAGAGGGAAUGGCAAUAUUUCCAGUACAUAAUGAUUUGUUUAUGACAAGAAAAUUCUUUAUAGGACAGCUAUACUGAUUAUAUCUGACAAAAUAACAAGUAUACUAUGCCAAAAAACCAACUCUUCAAAUAGCAGAUGUUGUCUUGAACCAAAGAAUAAUCAUCAUACAUAUACAGUGUGGAAAGGAAUGCUGAUCAUGUAUUAGUCUUUUCUGCCACUCUCAAAAACACAAGUUAAAAUUACUAUCAGAAAUGGCAUUCCCUAAGACAAAGGGCAGACACACACACACACACACACACACACACACACACACACACACACACACGCAAAAUCAUUAUCUUUACUGUUGCAAGUACAUCAAUUUCCUAUUCUAAAAUUCUUAUUCCAAAUUCUGUGCAGCAGAGAUAUCCUAAAUUAUGGUUUUCCCAAGCAUUUUGGUUAAGAUUUUCUCUUGGGCCUCUUGCUUAUAUAAACACCAUUCACAAGAUUGACUACUCUAACUUCUUGCUUAACGUCUUAACCUUUAGCAGUCAAAUCCUGUUGAUUCAUUUUUUGCUUAUUUAGUUUGCAGAAAAAACUGUGAAGUAAAAAAACUAUCAGCUCUUAUGUUUCUUAAUUGAUAGUUUAUGGAAGAUGAUGGAUAGCAAGCUAUUCUCUGUCUCUAAUGAAACAAAAUUGCAUUGGAAUUUACCUCAGGAGGAGAACUGCCAAUUAGAUGUGAGGAGUACACAUUCAGGAGGUUUUGGAAGGAGUUCACAAGGUCAGGUACAGAAUUUUUUUUACCUGGAAAAGUGAACAAGAGGAUAGGACAGCCUUGCAAAAUAGCACUUGCCUAAGGCCCAAAAGAAAAACAAUCAGCUCUAAGUCUGUUACCUUUCAGUUAAUAUUCCAUGGGAAACUGGAAACUUAUUUAUUACAGACAGGAUCUUGUCAUCUCUUAGCUUCCUGAUAUAGAGAGCACUUGAAAUGUCUGGGUACAAAGGGGAUAGUUUGGCAACUGGUAUUAAAAAUGGUAAUAAGAUCAGAAAAACAACAUGUCAGUAUCAACUGUCUUAUAUUUAUAAGCUCUCAAUGGACAGAACUGUCUGAUUUUUUUUUAACAUGACACAUAAAUGUACACAUAAUAAAAGCUUCCUGAUAAUAAGUUCAGUAGGUUGGGUAGUUUUUAUGGUUUUAUAAAUUUUUGAGGAACCUACCUGCAGAUCAGUCAAUCAACAAGCAUUUGUAAAGUGCCUAAUUUGUGCCAGGUACUGUGCUAAGUUCUGAGGAUACAAAUAAAAAAUUCUUGGGAAUUCUCAAUUCAGAGUACAUUCCUGACUGAGAUGGGUUAGUCACAGCCUUGCAUAGAAAUCACAUAAUCAGAACUGAAGAAUUUGAAAGGACUUUAAAAAUCGUCU